AUGUUGCCACAUCAGAGAGAAAACUCUCCAUUCCGGUCUAAACCUGUCUCUAGAGUAACGUCGUCAACGCGAUUGAAUCAGUUAGCGCAAGAAUCGAGGGGUCCUUUAGGUAACAGCUCUAGACCAUCCACGCCGGGAACAUACGUACCCUCCUCAUUGAAUCCGCUGAAAUAUGCACCAAACACUCAAGACAAUAUAGAAGAUAAGAUACGAUCAAACGAGGAGCUUGCAGCUUUCAACCUGUUACCCAUCGUGGCAAAGAUUGGCGGUUUCAGAGAAGCGUUGGAUACGCUAAGCAAUGGUAUCUCACAUUACAAAGAGGAUGAGUUUUACACGAACAUGGAGAGAAUAAUCGAGACAAACACGAGCCUUGAAAAGGAAGUUCACGAGUUGAGCAAACACAAAGAACGCAGUCAGGAGCUCGUACGACUUUCAAAUCUCAACAAGGAAUUCGAAACUAAGUCCAAAGAUUAUUUGAAAACCUUGGUGCAAUUGAGAAAUGAUUUGAAGAGGUUGCCAAGUACCGCUGAUACUGACAGUGAAUUGGAGAAUUUAAAAUCUCCGGUAGAUGUCGAAAGUAUAUUGAAUUACUCCAUGAAGCUAGCGAAGUUCACCAAGGCACCCACCGCCGUGGGAAAUUUGUCAUAUCAAAUACAUCCUAAUAACUAUACAUGGCCCGCAGAGGAUUCAUUGAGACGUGGAAUGCUCGCAAUGAGUUCGCUACAUGCCAAUGAGAUUAUUAAAUCAGAGCUUCUCGAGGGCGAAGAUGCAGCAUUAGACGAAAAAGAAGGAGAAAAUGUGGAACAUCAGUCCGUGGAAACAAAUAAGGACCAACUGCACACCAAGAAGGAUCACAUUCCCAAGGAGACCCAAAAUUCAGUCAAAACAGAGAGUGCUUCACAAGUUGAUCUUGAUUUGGAUCUAUUUGAUCCUGAAGACGAAUAUUCAGAUUGA